AUGAAGCGGAUCUUCGAACUCACCGGUAGACGCAAUAUCCCGAGCCGUGCCUCGCUUGAUUUGCCUCCUCUCUCCAUCCCGAAGAAGCGAGCCCCCAAAAUACCCGAAAAGCCUUGGCGACUUCUUGAUUUCCCCGUCGAGAUUCAACUCACUGUCUUGGGCCUACUAUCCAAGAAUGACUUGGCCUCCUUGUCGCUCGUCAACAAGCAUCUUGCCGAAAUCGCCCAGCCGAUUCUUCACAGGGAAGCUGAUCUCAGCUGCCCUCCCAUCCGUCUCGAAAACAAUUUCACCCCACUGCUCCUCUUCGUACGAACUCUUCUGAACCGGCCGGACCUGGCCCAAGCUGUUCAACAUCUGCAUUUCGAUGGAUAUGACUUUCCCAGAAGAAUCGUUGACGAAUAUCCUACAACAUUCACCGCUUCCCUCACGCGGGAAGACAAGUUGAAGGCACUCACGUUGAUUCAUGGUUCGCUUCUCAACGACGCAGUCCACUGGAGCAAAUGCUUCCUGGCGGGUCAGAUUGAUUCUAUCGUCGCCCUCCUGUUGGCUCUUACCCCCAAGGUCAAGACUAUCUAUCUCGGCGAGGACUUCUCUGUUGAGACAGACUGCCUCAGACUGCUUCUGGAUCCCGAGGGCAAGAGUAGUUCGAUAUACAGCACCUUGCAUAACUUUGAGCAUCUGCGUCAAGUCACUGUCAACAACCACGCUGUGAGCUGUUACCACCGACGCCUCAAUUUCACCGACGCCUACCAGAGCUUCUUCCAUCUUGAUAAGCUCGAGAGGCUCUCAAUCUCAACCGGCUUUCCCAAAGUUCCACGAGCGCCGUUGGUGAGCACCAAGAAACUGAACAAUCUUAAAUAUCUGGAUCUCCAAAGGGGUAGUGUAGCCGAGCUUGGGCAAAUUCUCGCCCUCGUGCCUAAUCUCACAGACUUGAAAUAUGCUUUCGCAAGGAAUGACAAGUCAAGGGCUCGUUCGAAUCCCACCAAGUCACUGGACCUUGGCGCGCUGCGCGAAUCUUUGGAAGGCCACAGACUCGGACUCGAAAAGCUGGAGCUCCUCACUAUUGACCUGAUUACGUACGGAACGCACUCAGUGCGCUGGGCCUUCAAAAUCCAGGGUCCUCCUCUCAAACUGUACGACUUUUCUAAUCUACGCCUCCUGACUGUCCCAUGGAUCUUCAUUGCUGGCAACUCAAUGGCCGCGCACCCUACACCACUGCGAUACAUCAUCCCCGAGUCAGUCGUUCAGCUCAGCUUGACAGACGAUCUGCACCAAGAGCGUUGCUGGGGCUGGGCUAGCAAGGACAUGCAGGACAUGGUCACUAACUACUUGCAUGAUGUGGACGAAUCGAGGACUGCCCUUGCUUCGAUGUACUUGGUAGGGCCGUUCAUUACAAAAAUCUUGACUGAUGAACAGUUGUUCUUCACGAGAUUGUUCGCUCGCUCUGCGGGUAUCGAUUUCAGAGCGGUCGAAAUGACUAUACCCGAGAGGGAUGAGUUGCGUGAGAAGAACGAGCGCGCGCGUCGCUAUGCGCCAUAG